GUAUACGGUGGGAGUGGGGUGUGGGUCGUGUGGUGGGGCGUAGGUCGCGGGGAAUUUGGCGCUUCGAGCAGUUUGGUACGUGGGAUAAGUGAUGAGACUGGAACUGUGUGACUGUGUGACUGUGAGAGUGUGGUGGGACCGAUUUCAGAUUCAGUCGGUGCGUGCGAGCGGGUCAGAUCGGUUGUUGGAUCACGUCGAUCAUCGUUUAUCAUGCUUUCCGACUCUCCGCGCGUUUCUUUCGUUUUUCUGCACGCGCGGACGUAUUUUUGAUAUCGUCGUCUUUAGGGUGUAUAAUCGUUUCAAUAAUAGCGUGCACGUAAAUACGUCAAUUUGUUUAUCGCAGAGUUUUGCCGAGUUUGUUUGUGCGCGCGCGCAACAUAUUCCAUUAGCCAACAUGUUCCGAUUUGCAUCUUUUUGGGACUGUGCGGAGAGUGUCGCGCUUAGCAGCUGAAGCAAGAUUGAAUCAUACAGCGCGGAUAAAUUUCAGUUGCAAAUUUUGUCAAAUCGCGCUCUAUGUGAAAACUGAAGGUUUCGAUCAUCUCAAUCGUCGUCAUCAUCAUCAUCAUCAUCAUCAUCAUCGUCGUUGUUGUCGUCGUCGUCGUCGUCGUCGCCGUCGCCGUCAUCAUCAGCAUCAUCAUUUCUAUCGAUGUGUUUUCGCCGCUCCUUGACUUGAUUGGAAAUGUUUCUCGCGCGAUCCUCGAGAGAAGGAACGCGAAAAAGUUGGCGCGAUAAACGUAAGCUUUCAGCUGCGUAAAGACGCGAAAUGCGAAAUGAGUAAGAAGAACGAUUAAAUUGAUUAAAACAACUAAAUUGAAACACGUUAGACGUUAGACAAACAAUGAUAUCCGCUCUAUUCGAGGAUAAUCGUGAUUUAGGUACGAGCGGCGCGAUGCAUUUCAACUUUUUCAGCCGGCUAUUUUCCUAGUAACGCACGCACUCUCAUCACGCACAAGCACAAGCGGUAUAGUCGAAGUUAUUUGAGAAAGAUAGGCGAGAUAUUUCCGCGCGUUCUUUAAUGGACGCUACGUCGAUCCUAGUUGCAUUCUGUCGACGAGACGUCUGCGAAGAAAACAAGAUUCGAAAGGAGGUAGAGGAGAGACCUUGAGAGACCUCUCUGCGGAGGGUUUUAUGGAUAUAUGUACGAAGAUACCGGCACGAAUACCUCAAAAUAUGCGUUCGCGCGCGCGCGCGCGCGCGCGCGAAAUCUCUGCAGUCUGACAACGCGAUUUUCAUGGAAUGAUGAAUUGAUUCGCUCGAAUAAUGUGUAACGCGAUGAGAUUGAUGCGGAAUCGAUCUCUCGAUAAAUACAUAUACAUAUUAGUGAUCACUUUCGAGAGCGCGAGAAAACGCUGAAUACGUUUAGAACGAAAAUAGAUGUGCGUGUGCAUCAAUGGGAAUUGCAGAUAUGUCGCGAAUUUCAAAUCGUAUCGCCACAAUUAGCGCGGCCCUCGGCAUCGUUUUACUCGUCAUAUUGCUAGUAAUCUUGUGGUCGAAUGUGCGCAACGUAGACAGGAUCGGAGAUGUUGGCCGAAUGCAGAACGAUUCAAUGGUCGAUCGCUUCGUCGUCGAUGAAGCGCGAGAGAAGCGGAUCGACGGUGUUGCAUGGAUUACUACAACAUUGGACUCGAUCGAGCAGAAUUUUACAAACGAGGUGCUUUCCAAGGAAACGCAAAGUACAAAGAAACACAAUAACGCAUCAUCGAUCGAUGUGUUGCGGUUAGCUAAGGGUAAUCUAGAAUACGUCAAGCCUUUCAAAAUUAGUCAAAAUCAGUACGAAGAUCCACCCGAAGAAUUUUCCACGGCAAAGAGACAUCACAGUGGUCACUUUCGACAUGCGUCGGCCGAAGUUUGGGAUCCUCAUCCGCAAUAUGAAUUUACCGCCUUUGGAAGGCGAUUUCGUUUGCGAUUGGCGCACGAUGCCAGUUUCGUAUCUCCCGAUCUAAAGGUGACGCAUAUGAGCGAGAACACAACUAGAAGAGAACAUGCUGGUCAUCAGUUGGGUUGCUAUUACAGCGGGUCAGUCGACGGCGAUCCAAGUUCAGCGGUCAGUGUCAGCCUUUGUCACGGAAUGACUGGUCAUGUGAAAACGUCAAUGGGAAGCUACUUUAUUAAACCUACCGAACAUUGGCGUGAGGGCGACAAGGAUUCACUUGGAUCUUUGUUACAACACGCCAUUUAUCGCGUACCCGCGACGGCGUCCAAUUUGAAUGAUAAUUCCAACUUCCAACAUAUUUCCGAAAACAAAAUUGAGAGUCGCAACUGUGGUGUAAUAGAUACAUACGACUCGGACGACAGACCCGCCUCGUUAACGGAUGAUCCUUCUGCUCAUAAAGUUUACGUUGGGACGGGUUCGCGAAAGCGUAGAUCAUUGAUGACACGAGAAACCGCAUCGCAGCGAGAGCAAAACGAGCGGGAAUACGAACGAUUCGUGGAACAGACCGUACACCGUCCAGAUUUUUUCCAAAAGGUGGAUUACGACGACAGUUACCAGAACGAGAAGUACACUCAGGAUCCAAAAAUGGACUCGAAUUUCUUCGUAACGUGGAGACCACGGCGAGCCUUACCGCGUGAAUAUUUCAUCGAGAUCAUGGUGGUGGCGGAUGCGAAAAUGGUGGAAUAUCAUGGCAGCGGCUUAAUCAGUUAUAUUCUUGUUCUAAUGAGUACGGUUUCACGUAUCUACAAGGAUCAAUCUAUCGGCAAUCCGGUGAGUAUAGCCGUGAUGAAGAUUAUCAAGACUGAUGAAGUUUUUGGUAUCAAACAUAGCGGAAGCGACGGAAUCGCGGCGGCUGAAAUGCUGAAACAAUUUUGCCAGUGGCAAAAACACAAUAAUCCGGAUGAACCUUCGCCGGAUCAUCACGAUGCUGCACUUCUUUUAACCAGAGAAAAUUUAUGCCACAAUCCGGGUCAAAAACGUUGCGAUACUUUGGGCUUGGCUGAGUUGGGUAGAAUGUGCUCGCCAGGAUCUUCAUGCGCCAUCGUACAGGAUAAUGGAUUAGCCGCGGCGUUUACCAUCGCACAUGAAAUUGGUCAUGUACUCAACAUGCCGCACGAUGACGAUGCCAAAUGCGCAAGUUUCAGGAAUCGUUCGGGUGUACACAACGUGAUGUCCCGCAUGCUGGACGAUAAUACUUUUCCCUGGGAAUGGUCCAAAUGUUCCCGAUACUAUGUCACCGAAUUUCUCGAAGCUGGAUAUGCCAAUUGUUUACUAGACGAACCAAGCAAAAUGAUGGAGAGACAGACUGGUCGGUUACCUGGCGAAGAUUAUUCGGAAAACAAACAGUGUGAGCUCGUCUUUGGACAUGGAUCUAGAAUUUGUCCUCAUAUGGUGAGUGAUGUGUGUAGGAGACUAUGGUGCACCGCGCCAUUGUGGGAUUACCAUCAGCAGUGUCAUACCCAGCAUAUGCCGUGGGCCGAUGGUACACCUUGCGGUGUCGACAAGUGGUGUCAUCGCGGCGAGUGCGUCUCGCGCAGGAAUCUUGAGCCGGUAGAUGGUCAGUGGGGCGAAUGGGGAAGAUACGGCGAAUGCUCGCGGACUUGCGGCGGCGGUAUCAAGAGAAAGUAUCGUGAAUGUGAUAAUCCGGCGCCAAAAAACGGCGGCAAUUACUGUAUCGGCGAGCGCGUCAAAUACCGCAGUUGCGGCACCAGAGAAUGCCCGCCAGGCAGUUCAGAUUUUAGAGAACAACAAUGCUCAAAAUUUGACAACAACAAUUUCAACAUUCAAAAUCUUGCUAGGGAUGUCAAGUGGCAUGCAAAGUACACUAGAAUAUUACCGCAAGACCGUUGCAAACUAUACUGCCAAGUGGAAAGCAAUCAGUAUUACAUGUUACGUGAUAAAGUAAUCGACGGGACGCCCUGUGGACCCGACACUUUUCACAUAUGCGUUAACGGCCAAUGCAAGCCGGCUGGAUGCGAUCACGUUUUGAAUUCGACAGCCGAACUCGAUACUUGUGGAGUCUGUAGAGGCGACAAUUCUACUUGUCAGAGAAUCACGGGCUCUUACAACGCUAGUGUAUACGGUUACACGAAAGUAGCUAAAAUUCCUGCCGGUAGCAGCUACAUCGACAUUAGACAACACGGAUGGCUAGGCUCUCAUAACGACAGUAAUUAUCUUGCGUUACGAAUUGGAGAAGACGGCGAAUAUAUCCUAAAUGGCAACUUUAUGGUAAUGCACCGUAAAGUGAUUGUGCAUCCGGGCGUCACCAUAGAAUACAGCGGACCAGAAUCGAUUGUAGAACGUUUAAAUAGUUCCCGGCCUAUUAUCAUCGAUUUAAUUUUGGAGGUGUUAUCCGUAGGGAACGUGUAUCCACCUCAAAUCACAUACGAGUAUACUGUACCGAAAAGAAUUUUAAACAGUUUUACAUGGUUGCUCAGCGAUUGGUCGACAUGCAAUCGAAUGUGCCAAGGUAUGAAAUAUCGUAAAGUCAUAUGUAGGAGCACCGAGCAUAAGGACGAAGUGCCCGAUGAUUAUUGCAAAGGCGAGGAAAAGCCGCAAGAAGAUAGUCAAAUAUGCAACGCAUAUUGUACGCUGCAAUGGCAAAUGAUUUCUGUCUCCGAAUGCUCAAAUCAUUGCGGUCCAGGGGUGCGGACCGUCACUUGGCGAUGCGUUCAAAUCUUGUUAGAUUCGCCGCCGCAUCCUCCACGACCAGUACCGGCGCAUGCAUGCUUGCAUAUUGAAAAACCGAGCGAGCAUCAGUCGUGCAUUGGCCCGUGCGACGACGCUCAUUGGAGUUACAGCGAAUGGAACGCCUGUAGUGUUUCGUGCGGCGGUGGUAUACAAUUGAGAAGCGCGAUAUGCGUAGACUCAAACGAGAGGCAGGUACGAGAUCAGAAUUGCGCCAGACAAGAAAAGCAUCUCAAGAAAAUAUGCGGCCAAGAGGCUUGCCCGAAAUGGGAUCUAGGAGAAUGGAGUCCGUGUUCCGUGACUUGCGGCGUGGGAAAACGGCACAGAGCCUCUUGGUGCCAAGUCGAGAAUCGCGUAGUACCGCAUACCUUUUGUAGCGGUACACCGAUCGCAACGACAGAAAUCUGCGCUGUUGGUCCCUGUUACUACUGGCAUACCGGCGACUGGAGUCCGUGUUCAGUGACAUGUGGCGAAGGAAUAUUGCGCAGAAAAGUCGUUUGUCAAAAUCCCGAUGGUAUGAAUAGCGAUGAAUGCCCCAUAUCCGAGAAACCAGAGACUUCAAUUGCUUGCACACUAAAACCAUGUCUCAAUGUCGUCAGUUUGCCACCCAUUUAUUCAUCAUCCAAUCCCCCGCGCGAAGAUCCUUUUCAACAGGAUAAUGAAAUCGACAGCAACGGUAUUACGUUCCAUUCGAAUUACAAAUGGCACAUAGGAUCUUAUGGAGAGUGUUCACGAAAAUGCAAUGCUGGAUACAAAAGUAGAAUAGUAAAGUGUAUAUCCUCGGAAACGGGAAUUUUCGCGCCCGAUUAUUAUUGCGACUCUAAUCAACAACCGAUAAACAAAAUUGCAUGCAAUCGUCAUCCAUGUCCAACUUGGAAUACCGGUGAUUGGAGCGAGUGCAACGUAGGAUGCGGUCAUGGAUUCCAGCAUCGCCAAGUACGCUGCCAAAGUCAUCGUGGUGAAACUUUGCCGGACAAAGAAUGUACCGACGAACAACCGAAAUACGUGCGGAGAUGUCAAAAAGAAUCUUGCAAAAAUAAUUCUAAAAACUCCAAGGAAAAUAACUUGGAAUCUAAUAUCGUCCGCAGAUGGAAAAUAUCUAAUUGGACUCCUUGCUCGAAAUCAUGCGGUACCGGUGUUCAGACCCGAAGAGUGGAAUGUACAAUGAGAAGAAGUAACCAUGGGCCGGAAAUACCAGUUAAGGAUGAGCAGUGCUCGAGAUCAAAAUCACGCAAGCCAAAAUCGCAGAGAUUAUGCCAACGUAUUGCUUGUGACUAUAUCUGGCAAGAAGGCCCCUGGUCGGAGGUAUCUUAUCUGUGUUCGGUAGAAUGUGGCGAAGGAAUGCAACAUCGUACAGUCACUUGUCAUCGAGUGAAUCGCUACGAAUGGGUCGAUCCAACCCCAACCGAAGGUUGUCCAAUGGAUCAGAAACCUGCCGAGGAUCAAAUUUGUAAACUACGAGAGUGUAGCGAUAAAUAUUAUUGGGUUGCUGGCACAUGGAGAAAAUGUAGUCAUCCUUGUGGACGCAAAGGUCGACAAAUCCGUAAAGUUUAUUGUCAUGACGCAAAUGGCAAAAAAGUUGCACGGUUUCAUUGUUCAUCUGAAUAUAAACCACAACGAAAACGUAAAUGCAAUCAAAGAAGAUGUGGACCAAUUACGUGCCUUGAAAUUCAAAAACGACUCAAAACUACCACAGACGGUGAAUAUUCAUUAUUAAUUGGUGGUAGGAAUAUGGCGAUUUAUUGUCACGGAAUGUCGAGCAUUGAGCCACGAGAAUAUUUGACAUUGCCAGCUGGCGACAGCGAAAAUUAUGCAGAAAUUUACGAUAAGAGGUUGAAAAAUCCACACACCUGCCCCUUUAAUGGUCAAAGGAAUGAUAGUUGCAACUGUGUAUCAGAAUUGGGAUCAGUUUCUGGUAGGACAAUGUUCAAAAGAGUACGUAUAGAUCCUGCAAAACUUUACAUUAUAGCAAAUGAUUACACGUUCUCAUGGACGAAAGGAAUGAAACGCGUAGAGUAUGGCAAAGCUGGUGAUUGUUAUAGCCUUACUGAUUGUCCGCAAGGACGUUUCAGCAUCAAUUUAAGAGGGACCGCCUUGGGAUUAUCGCCAACAGUUACAUGGAUUACGGAAACUUCAAGCGCUUUUUUCGCGAUCAAUAAAAUCAAUGAUCAGCGAAUUCUCGGUAAAUGUGGCGGUUAUUGUGGCUUUUGUAAACCGAAGACAGGCCUAAAACUGGAUGUAUUACUUCCCUAGUCACAGCCAUCAAGUUUUCGUACUACAUUUAUUCUAUAUAUCCGGUGUCAUGAGCCGUGAUAUUAUAUUUAACCACCGAUUUGCUUUAAACUCGAUUAGUUUCUUAAUAUCUUUCGAGAUGUAUAUAUAGUAUGUGUAGGAUAAUGAUACCGAUUGACGAGUUGCGGACCGAUAUAACGAAAUGCAUACAAUGUAUAAACUAUCACUGCCAUCAUGUGUGCAAUUAUGUAAAUUAAAAUUUUGAGUUAUAAAGCUUAUAUUGUUUUGAACAUAUGUUGCAUGAUGGUUCGUAAACAAUACUCUAAAGUCAAAUUUUUAUACAUUCUAUUAAAUAAUCUAUGAUAACGUGCAAAAGAGCAAAUGAAAGUAUAUAGAAUAUAGUAAAAGAUCCCUAUUCUAUCCUAUCAUAGGUGCAAUAGUUUUCUUCUUUUCUAUCCAGUGAAUUUAUCACUAAAUAAAUAUAGAUAGUAAUAUGCAUGUGUGUCUGCAUAUUUAAAUAUGCAAAGAUAUUUGUGCCGAAUUACAAAUACAUGUAUAAUCGUGUUGUGUUUGUAGAAGGUAUAGUGUCUUUAUAAAUGCAAAAGUAAAAAAGAAGCAAAAGAAAAGAAUAAUUGAAAGAACUUGAAAAAAAAUAAAAGAAAAAUAAAAAUAUUUUCUAUUCUUCCAAAUAUUUUUGAAAAUACUUUUCUUUUCAGCUAUAGAAGCAGUUUUUUUUCCCUCUCACGCACGACAGAUUUCUCAGCAAAUGUAUUAUAACAUCGAAAAUUAAUAAAAAAAAUAUUUUAUUUCUUUUAUACAAAAACUUGAAAUAAUGAUACAUCAUAUGUUCUACAAACAUCUUACGAUUGAUGUUGUGCUCUCUCUUUAUAAUUUUAUGAUCAUACAGUUUGCUUUUAUCGUGAUUCACUGCCGUAUUUUUAUAGUGUUCUAUCAAUUUUAAAAAGAAGAAAUAUUAAGGAAACAUCGAUAUUUAAUUUUUACUUUUAAUAUUAACAUAUUAUUUCUCUCUUUCCCUCUCCUUUUCCUUUUUCCCCCUUCACUCUAUCUGCUUUAUACAUGCGUACGCAACACACACACACACACACACACACACACACACACACACACACACACACACAUAUAUAUAUAUAUAUAUAUAUAUAUAUAUAUAUAUAUGUAAGUAUAUAUAACUAAAUCUAAUAUUUUGACAUUCUUAUAAGAAAACAAUUAACUAUUUGUAGUUUCUAGAAAGAAAAUGUAGUUUCUAGAUUGAAAAAAAAGAAGUAUAAUAACCGAGGUAUAUUAUAUACAUUUCUUGCGUGCAAUAAGAAAGUAGAAAGAAGCUUGCAAAAUUUGUUAAACAAACUGUAGGAAGUAUUUCUCCUUUUCUCAUACUUGUAUCUCGUAGAGAGAAGAGUUUUAUUCGUUUUAUCUUGUCGAAGAUAAUCAAUUGCAAUAAUAUUAAUAGCAUAGAAGUAUAAGGCGAAUAGAUCUAUUAGUAUUAUAAUUCACAGAGUACGCAUAUAAAGUAGUUUGAAAAUGGUAUAAAUUAUGCCUAAAACGAUAAUUCACAUCUAAAUAGAUUAUGCAGGAUAUUAUAUUAAAUGGAUCCUACAACAACAGUACUACAACAAAAAUAUAUUUGUCGAUCAAUAUAUUUCAAGAGAUUCGAUAAUACCUUUUGAAUGUUUUAAAAUUUUGAUAGAUGACAAUGUCGAUAUAUUUCAAAAUAACGAUUUUAAAAUAGUGAUUUGUUGUUUCCGAGAAAACAUUUUUAGAGCUUAUUUCGUUUCAAAUAUUUUUUCUAAUUUUUUCUAAAUAGAUUUCAUAAAUAUACUAUUGCUUUAUACACAAAUAAUAUUUAGUUUUGCCUCUAUCGGAGAUUUUGAAAGUUUUUUUUCUCCAUUUUCAGCUAAUUUGUGUCAAACAUUUUAUUUACAAUCGCUUGUAAAAUAACCGGAAUAAGUUAAAGAUUUGAUGAGAUAUAUUUGUUAAUGAGAAUUUGGAUCAUUCAAUUCAGUUAGUGAAAGUAGAUGAAGUUUGUAAAAUUUAUUCAAUAAUACUUUGUAUUUUUAUUUGCAAUGGGGAUGUGUAACAUAGAUGUAAACAUGUUUUCAGGCUCCAUUUUCUAGCUACAGUGCGUAUAAUUGUAUUUCAUUGCCGAUGGAAAUUUAUGAAAUUUGUACAAAGGCCAAUAUAUAUAAUAUUUAUGCUAUGAAAUAAUAAUAGUUUAUUAGCGAGCACCAAAUACGCCCUCACAUAGUUUUCUAUAUUUAUCGAGAAUAUAAAAAAUUGAAUGAAUGCGUACUAAGUGCAUCCAAUCGAAAUUGCUAUAAGAAAAAAAAUUUUGUAUAUUAAUUUAUUGUACCGCGUCAACUUAGGAGCGACAUUGACGUCAAUGCGACGCCAAUUAAUUUUUUUACAUUAAACAGCCAACAAGAUUGAUUAGUAUAGUGUAAAUUGUCAUUUUAACGAUUAUCAUUGGAUUUGCGUCAUUAAAUGCAUAUGUUGGCCCAUUUGUCUAUUUGUUGGACACUUUGUAAUUCAAAUAUCGCCUAUUGGCUAUUAUAUGAAUAUGUGUAUUUGACAGACUGCCAUAAUUAAUAUUAUUAUAUGUAUGUAUGUAUAUACUCCCCCCCCCACACACACAUACACACACACACAACCAUACAUGUUAAGGCUUAUAUAAUGAGUAAUCUGCCAUAAUCUUGGCCACAUUAUAGCAUAAUAAGAUGUAACGGAAAUUGUGCAAUUUAUUUCGUAAAUGUAACGCGAGUAAAAAUGCACAUUUCAGCAAGCAUUUUAAAAGUGCCAAAAUUAACGAUAUUAUAUAGUCGCGAUGGUUUCGAUAAUGUUAUGUGUGUAUGCGCGCGCGUGUGUGUAUGUGUGUAGCAAUAUUCGAUAUUUGAACUGAAAAUUUUUAUAUUAAUGUUAGUGAAGCUAUAGCAGCAGAUGAUCAAUUAGUAGAUAAAUCAAUAUCGAAAUAUUUUAUAGAUUGCCCUGCGUAUUAUUAAGAUAAAAGCAUUAUUUCGCAUAUGUCUCUCGAAUACGCUUUCAAAAUGUUAUUGCGUGACUUCAUGUGAUAACACAUGUAUAACAUCUACUAUAGAACAAUAUUGCAACAUUCUCAAUUAAUCUUUGCAGACAUCUCAACUGUGACGAGCUAAUUUAGUAAUCUAGCAUGAAAAGAGGAACUACUCUAUGUCACGAAUUUACAUAUUUAAUAUUAUAGGCAGCUAUUUGAUCGAUUAUUUAGUAAUGAAAUGUACGUGAGAAUCCGUUGUUUUAUAAUUUUAUAUAUUUACUAAUGUGUAUCACGUAUUGUGUAAUGUACACUAAAAAUGUCACAAGUGUUUCAAAAUUUAUUAGGGCAUUUUUCGGUAUUACAUCUACUUUCAUGAUAUACACAUAAUAAGUCCGAUUAAACCGAUGAGAUAUUCUUUACAUUAUAGUUUUUUUAAAUUUAUUAUUAAUUUACUCUGAACGAAAAUGGUACAAGAUAUAGUUUUCAAAUAAUUAAUGAUUAAAAGUUAGAAACUUUUUUUAGCAAACAACUCAAGAAGUAAUAUAGAUGAUAACAUGACAUUUUUGGGUUAAUUUCAAAUGCUUUUAUUUUACAUCAAAUUGUUAUUUAAAAUUUAUUUGCAAAGAAAUGAUGUGUAAUGUUCAAAAUUGAAGAGAUUCGAUAAUAUUUGAAAUUGUCGAAUUUUGAUGUAUGUAUACUUCGAUAACAUAAUUAAAUUGUUUUUAAAACGAUCUAAAGAA